CUUGCCCUCCACUCCCUCCUCUCCUCCUCCAUCACCAACCACAAACCCCUCCUCCUCUCCUUCCUCUACUGCUCCCUCGUCUUAAUCCUCUCCUACAUUUUCACGCGACCGCGGCCCGUCCUCCUCCUGGACUACUCAUGCUUCUUGCCCGGCCACGACCGCAAAUGCUCGUACGAAAUCUGCGAGUACUUCGUCCGUCGGUCGAAACGCUUCACCACGAAAUCCGAAGAAUUCAUGCGCGGCAUCUACCUCAAGUCGGGCCUAGGAGACGAAACCUACGCUCCCCCCUUCAUCUUCCAGCAUGACUACGAGGCCAAGUACACCUCGGCCCAAGAAGCCGAAGAGGGCAUCGUCACCUCGGUCGACGGCCUCCUCGCCAAAACCCACAUCGAUAUCUCCACUGUCGACACUGUUAUAGCUACUUGCGGUAUGUUCACCCCCUGCCCUUCACUCACCUCCCUCAUAAUCAACCACUACAAGUUGGAGCAGCAUAUCAAGACCUACAAUCUCUCUGGCAUGGGAUGUAGCUCCGGGGUUUCGUCGAUCGACCUCGCUUACCGGAUCCUUAACGGGUCGAGAAGGAUCCGGUACAUUUUGGUGGUCAUCACCGAGAGUAUAAGCUUGAAUUGGUAUUUUGGCGAUGACCGUUCGAUGUUGGUGACUAAUUGUAUUUUUCGAGUCGGGACGGCUGCUGCACUCGUGACUAACGACCCAAAAUGUCGGGCUCGAGCCAAGUUCGAAAUGGUUCGGACCCUUCGGACUCAUCACGGGUCCGAUGACGCGUCGUACGCUGCGGCUCAUCAAGCUGAGGAUGAGGACGGAAAUGUUGGGAUCGCCUUGAAAAAAGAUUUGGUUCGGGUUGCGGGUGAGGGUUUGCGAACCCACAUCCGAACCCUCGCCCCGUGGGUCCUACCGUGGGGCGAAUUGCUUUACUACGCGUACCGGAUGGUUGUCGGACCCAAAUCCGAUAAGCCGUACACUCCGGAUUUCACCAAGGCGUUUGAGCAUUUGUGUGUUCACACGGGCGGAAAGGCGGUUAUCGAAUCGGUUGCGCGACUGAUGCGGUUCGGGCCGGCUGUGACCGAACCCGCCCGAAUGUGCCUGCAUAGGUUUGGGAACACCUCCAGUAGUUUGGUGUUUUAUGAGUUGGCUUACUUUGAGGCCAAGGAGAGGGUUAAGGAAGGGGAUCGGGUUUGGAUGUUGGCUUUUGGUACCGGGUUCAAAGUUUGUAGCUUGGUUUGGAGGGCGCUAAAGGAUUCGGAUAUGGAUGCGGAUAACCCGUGGAAGGAUUCGAUCCACCGAUACCCGGUAAAGGCUUGGUAGAUGGUAAUAAAAACAAAAGGUGAUAUAUAUAAAAGGAAAAGGUGUCAUAAUUUACCCAUCCAUCCGCGUAAAGAUGAGGGAUGGAUGGAUUCAGAAGCAUUUGCAAGUGCAGAUAGUUUUACGUUACUUUCAAAUUAUUGUUAUUGGCUGUUUGUGUAAUGUUUUGUUUUGCUUAUGUUUUCCUUAAAAAAACUUUUUUAUUUCGAUA